AUGAAAGAGUGGAGAAUCUUUGAACAGUCGUGUGCAAACUGUGAAAGGAUUUUCAAGGCUGCAAUGACGCAGAUAAAAAUCAUCAAAAAUGUGGACGCAAAGUCAGUCGCCUCGUCAUCUUCAAGGAAACUAAGAGCCACCAUAAAAUUGGAGGAAGUUCAAGCCAAAUUGAAAUUAGCAGAGGAAGAGGCAUCAAUUCAGAAGAAGAGAGCAGAAAUAAAACACAAAAAGGAAGAGGAGCAACUUAACGCUGAGCUAUUGGUUCUAAAACUGAAGAAAGAGGCAGUAGAAAUUGAGGCGGAAGUUAAAGCUGCUUCUAUCUAUGAUGAACAUGAACGUCCUCCCUCUUUAGCUAUUACUGUGGACCAAACUCGUACUGAGCGAUAUAUCACUGAACAUUUUUCCCAUCAAUCGGAGAAUGUUAUUCAGCCGAGGACUGUGAAUCCAGUACGCAUCCAGCACAAUUCUGAAGAUAGGACCGAGCCAUAUAUCGCUGAACAUUUUUCCCGUCAACCAGAUAAUGUUAUUCAGCCGAGGACUGUGAACCCAGUACCCAUCCAGAAAAAUUCUGUAUAUAGAACAGUGCCUGUUGUUCACGAACAUUCAGUCAUUCCCAAUCAUGACAACAAAGUUACGUCAGAGUUGACUUCCUUCCUUCUAAAGAAAGACCUACUAAUGACAAGACUUUCAACAUUUGAUGAAAAGCCAGAGAAUUACUCUGCGUGGAAGACUAAUUUCAGGAGCAUCAUGUUUGAUCUACAUGUGAGACCUUCUGAAGAAAUGGAUCUACUUAUUCGCUGGCUGGGACCAGAUUCAGCUAGACACGCUAAGACUAUCAGAUCAUCACUAGGUUCUGAUCCAUCACAGGGAGUUAAGAGGAUAUGGGAACGUAUGGACGAGCGGUUCGGUGCCCCGGAAAUGGUGGAGGCAUCCAUCAAGCUCAAACUUAAUUCAUUUCCAAGACUUGGGAACAAGGAGAAUAAAAAGUUAUAUGAGUUAGUGGAUAUUAUGAUAGAGAUUGAAUCAUUAAUGGAAAAUCCGCAUUACUCCACAUUACUAUCAUAUUUCAACUCUUCCUCGGGAGUUUCUCCCAUCAUCCACAAGCUUUCUUUUAAUCUACAGGAGAAAUGGACGACGAGAGCGGCAAAUUACAAAAGGCAGCACAACGUAUCCUAUCCACCCUUCUCCUUUGCAUUGAAUUUUGUACGUGAGUUGAGCAGAAUUCGCAAUGACCCCGCAUUUUUUCACAUAGAGACUCAAACAACUACAGGUAAACCAUCUACCGCGUCACGUAUGACUACAGACCAAAGAUCAGUGAUUGUCCGGAAGACAGAUGUCCAUACUAACACUUCAGGACCUCCAGACAAAGUGUGCCCGAUACAUUUAUCAGAUCAUGCUUUAAACCACUGCAAGGAAUUCUCAAGAUGGGAUAUGAAAAAGCGCAAGGACUUGUUAAAGAAGAAGGGCAUCUGUUUUAAGUGCUGUGCAUCAAAUAACCAUCUGAUGAAAAACUGCAAACAACCCAUACAGUGUGAGAAAUGUGACAGUGAACUACACCCAACAGCACUGCACGUUACGGAGUCCAAUACUAGAAGAACAACAUUCAACAGUUCAGAAACGGCAAACAAUUAUGGCGGGGAGGGAACAGAGAGCAAUCACACCCUAGCGCGCUCUGAACUUUUGAACCUACUUGGGGUCACAUCUGAUCCUAUCCCUUAUAGACUUAAAUCCUGUGCUGGAGUGACUGAGGCAUCUGGGAGAAGAGCAGUUGGAUUCUGUAUUCAGUCUAUGGACGGACUUGCUUAUCACAAGCUGCCGCCCAUUAUAGAGUGUAAUGACAUUCCAGAUAAUGUGAUGGAAAUUCCUACCCCAGAGGUUGCCCGUGCUCAUCCUCACUUACGACACAUCGCCAAUGAACUCCCCCCACUCCGCAAAGAUGUCAGCAUACAGCUCUUGAUUGGUAGGGACUUGGUGGACGUACAUCAGGUGCAAGGUCAAGUGACAGGACCCUCAGCAUCUCCCUUCGCACAAAAACUGAGCCUUGGAUGGGUGAUAAUUGGUGAUGUUUGUUUGGAUGGUCGUCACAAGCCGAGCGAUCUCAGUGUUCUAAAGACUAACAUUCAGCAUGAUGGUAGAGGGACAAUAUUUAUUCCAUGCCAAAACAGUCUUCAUGUUAAGGUUCAAGGCCCUCCAAACAACGGAUCUUCUCAGACCCUAGAUUUUAAGGGGGAUAGUGUGUUUUACACAGAUAGACAUGACAACAAGAUUGGAAAUUCAGUAGAGGAUCGAGAGUUUCUAUCAAUGAUGGAUCAAACGUUUCAUAUGGACUCCAGGGGAAAUUGGACGUCUCCCCUCCCCUUCAAGAACACGCGUCCAACCUUGACGAACAACAAGGCUCAAGUUUUCAGACGGGCCAUCAACCUAGACAACAGUUUGAAGAGAAAUCCUGAAAAACUAAAGCAGAUGUGUGAAUUCAUGGAAAACAUAUUCAACACAGGAGCCGCAGAAAGGGCACCAGAGAUACCAAAUGGACACGAGUGCUGGUACAUCCCAAUAUUUGCUGUGACACACCCAAAGAAACCUGGCAAGGUUCGUGCUGUGUUUGAUUCCUCGAUAGUACAUCAGGGAUGUUCACUUAACGAUGCUCUUUUGUCUGGACCCAACUUAACCAAUAACUUGCUCGGAAUCUUGUUGCGAUUUCGCAAGGAUUCAUGUGCCAUAGCUGGUGACAUCCAGCAGAUGUUUUACCGUUUCUUUGUGCAUGAGAGGGACAGAGACUACUUACGAUUUUACUGGUACGAAGACAAUGAUCCACAUCGUAAGAUGAUCGAGUAUCGUAUGACUGUCCACGUUUUUGGGAACAGACCUUCCCCUGCCGUGGCGACAUACGGGUUAAGGCGUGCAGUACGAGAUGCGGAUACUGAGGUCGUUAGCUUUGUAAACCAGGACUUUUAUGUUGAUGAUGCAUUGACGUCUAGACCAACUCCUGUUGAAGUAAUUGACCUGAUGAGGCGAACUCAGAAGGCACUAGACGAAGAAGGUAAAAUACGACUGCACAAGAUCGUAUCAAAUGUACAAGAGGUAUUGGAUGCGUUCCCUCCAGAUGACCUAGAAAAGGACAUAAAGGAUUUCUCAAUUGGUGACGAUGACAAUUUGGUUCAGCACAGCCUAGGAUUGGCCCGGAAUUUGAGUUCUGACUGUUUCAUCUUCCAGAAGCCAGAUGCUGAUGUCCCCUUUACUCGACGAGGAAUCCUCUCCAAGGUCAAUAGUAUCUUUGACCCCAUAGGCUUCCUGUAUCCACUGACAAUCUGUGGAAAGAUGAUUCUACGGGAGAUGUGUACAAGAAAUCCAAGCUGGGAUGAUCCUUUACCCGAAGAGCACAGAGAUAGAUGGGAGAGUUGGAGCAUGUCUCUAGACCAGCUGAGCACUCUAUGGAUUCCCCGUAUGUUUGUUCCAAGUUCGCUAAGCUUAGCCUCAGACCCACAAGUGCUGAUAUUCUCUGAUGCAUCCGAAACAGCGAUUGCCGCCGCAGCUUACCUGAAGGUGAAUCAUUACAUAGGAUUCAUAAUGGGAAAGUCAAAGCUCGCUCCUUCAGCAGGACACAGUAUUCCACGUUUGGAACUUUGUGGAGCCGUAUUGGCAACAGAGAUUGGAGAGUUUGUCUCAGAUCAUCUUUCUAUCCCAACGUCCUCUAUUAGGUCGUAUUGGGAGCAGUUUUGUUCAAAGGACUUAACAGAGAUUGGACCAGAAGUUGACUAUCCACUUGUCAGUCCUGACGAAGACAAGGAUAUUCGACCAGAAGUGAGUGCAUUUAAAGCAGACCUAUCAGAAAAUCUGACUCCAAUGGAGGAUCGUUUUGCAAAAUUCUCUACAUGGGACAGUCUUUUGUCUGCACUGUCUACCCUUCGCCAUGUGUCUGCCUCCUACAGAGGUUCAAAUGACUGUACAGGCUGGCACUUGUGCCAGAACACCAAACAUGAAUCUGAGCUCAAAGACAUGGAGCACUUCAUCCUUAGAUGUGUGCAACGUCAGGCUCUUAAGGCUGAACUCGAAGCAAUUGAAGGAAAACAUAACCUACCUAGGAACAGUCGCAUUCAAGAUUUAUCUCCAUACAUUGAUGAUGUUGGCCUGCUGAGAGUUGGAGGCCGUCUCAACAACUUGCAGGGCAGUGGACUUGCUUCGUUGAACCCUGUUAUAGUUCCAAAUGGACAUGUUGCUACUCUACUGGUACGUUUCUUCCACAAUAAAGUUUUCCACCAGGGAAGAGCAAUUACUGAAGGCGCCGUGCGUUCUCAUGGCUUUUGGAUCCUUGGAGGAAAGAGACUUAUUUCGUCCAUUAUCUAUUCAUGUGUUGUUUGCCGGAAACUCCGUAGAACACCCCAGGAGCAGAAGAUGGCAGAUCUUCCUUUGGAUCGGCUCACCCCAGGACCCCCAUUUACAUCUGUAGGACUUGACGUAUUUGGUCCAUGGCCUGUGGUUACCAGAAAGACGCGUGGUGGGUCUGCUCAGAGCAAAAGAUGGGCUGUGUUAUUUUCUUGUCUAACCACACGUGCGGUUCACAUCGAAGUUAUAGAGGGCAUGUCUAGCUCAUGUUUCAUCAAUGCCCUACGACGCUUUGUAGCCUUGCGCGGACAAGUUAAACUCUUUCGCUCUGAUAAGGGCACUAAUUUUAUUGGAGCUGUGAACGACCUCAAUGUGAAUGCGGUAAAUGUCGAAGACAAGAUGGUCCAGAUCUACCUGAAGGAUAACAGAGCAACCUGGUUGUUUAAUGCUCCCCAUGCAUCUCACAUGGGGGGUGUUUGGGAGCGGGCUAUUGGCAGUGCUCGCAAGAUCUUGGAUUCUAUGCUUCUUCAAGAAGGGCCUAAAGAUCUGACACAUGAGGUGCUAGUUACGCUUAUGGCCGAAGUCUGUGCAAUUUUCAACUCCCGCCUGAUAGCGGCAAUUGAUACAGACCCAUCGUCUCCUAUGGUAUUGAGUCCAAACAUUUUACUGACCCAGAAGCAGGGAGAGAUUGGAACAAUCUCAGACCAUUUGAGCAUCAAAGAUAUGUACUUUGCAAGUUGGAAACAUGUCCAGGUGUUAUCUAAUAUGUUUUGGAAAAAGUGGCGUGCCACCUAUUUGGAGAGUUUACAAAGGAGACGUAAAUGGUGUUCUAGCAAACAGAAUCUGAAGACCGGAGACAUUGUUUUGUUGCGCGAGAAAGAUGGUCAUAGGAAUAUGUGGCCAUUGGGGAUAGUCGAGCGCCCAAUUGAGAGCAACGACAAAUUGGUCCGAAAGGCUGUCAUCCGUGUUGUCAAGGAUGGAAAGGUGACAACCUACACCAGACCUAUUGCGGAGAUGGUACUUCUUCUGGAAUAG